CCCAGCACAACUCUGCACGCCAGGGGCGCUCACUCGAAGCAGUCGACAGGCCUGUACAGUAUACAGCUAAAAAAUCGGCGGCCUCCAAAAUGCCGCCGCCCACCGCUGGUCUUCUCUCCGGCCUCCUUCGGCGCUGCGCCGCCGCCAAGGCACUACCCACCGGCGCGCAGCUCCACGCACAGGCUCUCGUUGGUGGCCACCUCCCUCAGGCCACCCUCGAGACUGACCUGGUCCUGCUAUAUUGUCGCUGCGCCGCGCUCCCGUGUGCCCGCAAGGUGUUCGACGCGAUGCCUUCUCCGUCCAUGCACGCGUACAACAUCCUCCUUGCCGCCUCCCCACCCCGGUUAGCUCUUGAGCUUCUCUCUGGCCUCCUCGCCUCCGGGUUCCGCCCUGACUGCUAUGCUGUCCCUGCGGCGCUCCGGGCGUGCGCCGAGCUCCAGGACCAGCAUCUUGGUGCCGCGCUCCACGGAUUUGCCAUCCAUAUAGGUUUUCUUGCCAAUGUUGUUGUCUCCAGUGCACUUCUAGACAUGUAUGCUAAGUCUGGUCUCCUGGCCAAUGCGGCGAGGGUGUUCCACGAGAUGCCAGAGAGAGACUCUGUUGUGUGGAAUUGCAUGGUUACCGCUUAUGCAAGGGCCGGGAUGGCCGCGGAAACACUGGAGCUCUUCAGAAGAGCUCAAGUGGAGGAGGUGAACAUGGUGAGAGAUCUGCGGGCUGUGCCGAGCGUGCUGAGUAUCUGUGGGAAGGAAGGGGAGCUGAUGAAGGGGAGAGAAGUGCAUGGCAGGAUGGUCCGAUGCCUUGCAUUCGAUUCGGAUGUCCCAAUUGGGAACACGCUGAUCGACAUGUAUGCAAAGUGUGGGCACGUGGACGCGGCGCGAGCGGUGUUUGCAGGCAUGCAGCAGAGGAAUGUGGUGAGCUGGUCAACGCUGAUAUCUUGCUUUGGCGUUCAUGGCAAGGGAAAAGAGGCAUUGGGAGUCUACAAAAAGAUGUUGUCUGAGAGGGUGAAGCCAAAUUGCAUUACCUUCACGUCAGUUCUUUCGAGUUGCAGCCACUCAGGGCUAGUGACUGAUGGCCGGAUGAUCUUUGACUCAAUGAGUAGGUUUCAUGGUGUAGAGCCCACUGCUGAGCACUAUGCAUGUAUGGUUGAUCUCUUGGGACGUGCUGGAGCCAUUGAAGAAGCUAUCAGGUUUAUAAAGAAGAUGCCUAUGGAACCUUGUGCUAGUGUAUGGGGAGCUCUACUCUCCGCUUGCGCCAUGCAUAAUAAUGUCGAUGUUGGAGAAAUCGUAGCCUAUAGGCUGUUUGAGUUAGAACAAGGCAAUGCUAGUAAUUAUAUCACUCUCUGUGGUAUUUAUGAUGCAGUCGGUCAGCUUGAUGGUGUUGCAGGAUUGAGAUCAAGGAUGAAGGAACUUGGUAUGGUGAAGACACCUGGGUGCAGCUGGGUUGAUGUGAAGGGAAGAGCUCAUGCCUUUUACCAAGGGAGCAUCCCACGUUAUUUGAGGAGACGAAUUCUUUGGAUUUUAGAUCGGCUGCUCAAGGAUAUGGGCAAUUCAGAAUCUGAAUAUGGCCAUGCGUACCAAUAUUAUGAGUCAAGUUAGCACUGAAGUUUUCUUGACAAAGAGUUGGUGUGAACAAGUCCUGUACUGCCGCAAUCAAAUUCUCUUGAAGAUAAAUCGUGGUUCACAUGAGAAAAUUCUUUUUUUUAUCACAGUAAGGAAUUCUGGUCAAUGUAGAGAAUUGUGGCCUUGAAUAUUUCUGUGACCAAUAUGCUGCAAAAACAAAGCACCACUUGGGCGAGAAUGACACUGGUUCUUCAGUUUGAGGCUCUGCUCUGAAGUGACUUCAACAAUUAUACUGCACAUGUUUGGUCCCAUCUGAUUGUUUGACGAAUGAAUCACACCAAGUGUUUCUGAAAUAUGCGGUAAAAAAAGAGGCAUGACAAAUUUGUUUAUAUCUGCCUAAGGUAUCCCAAUCAUAUCUUUCGGUUGAAAGUGUAAGGGAUGAGCUGGGAUGCCAGAAAAAUUGCAACCAGAAAGAAUGAGCAUUGUUUACUUGGGUCAUCUACUUUGAAGCUAAAAAGGCAUCUAAACUGAAGGUGUGGGGCAGAUGACGCCUGACGAAUAGGAGGAAGUUGUCUGUGUUUCCAGUUCAGGAAACACUUGCUACCAUCAUAGGACCCCUGCUGGAUGAACAUGCGUUGAACGUGGAACGAAGUACAGAAGAUAAGGGGAAAUAAUGGUGGAGCAUGAGAAAACUUCCAAGUACGUGAUGGCAGAUUAACCUCACAGGCCCAGUCAGGUCACUGAUGGAACACUGCUAUUAUUAUUAGCCAGGACAAUUCCGACAGCACAAUAUGUUUACGACUGUUUAGGGAUUUCAAAUAAUUUUACAACUUCUAGGGAUCCAAACAUGGAAAAACAGAACUCAAAAGGUAGUACUGUACCAAGUAUCAACCAACAAAAUCCAGAU